CACGUGUGUUGUUCAGGCUUCUAAGGUCCAGCCUCGAGCGCCACCUGCACACGUCACCGGGACACCUUUCCAUGCCCUCUGAGGGGCCCCGUUUCCAGCCAGAGAGAUGGCCAAGGGAGGAGCCAAACCCCCCAAGGGGAAGAAGGUCACCUUGAAGGUGGCCAAGACCUGUAUCAAGAUCACCUUUGAUGGGAAGCGCCGUCUUGACCUGAGCAAGAUGGGCAUCACAACCUUCCCCAGGUGCAUCCUGAAGCUGGAGGACAUUGACGAGCUGGACCUGAGCAGAAACAUGAUUAAGAAAAUCCCGGAGGCAAUCGAUAAAUUCCAGAACCUGCGCUGGCUGGACCUGCACAGCAACCAGAUUGACAAGCUGCCGGAAACCAUCGGGAACCUGCAGAACCUCAUCUUCCUCAACCUCUCCAACAACAGGCUGACGGCCCGCAGCUUGCCCAUGGAGCUGAACCAGCUCAAGAGCCUGCGAAACCUGAACCUGGGCCUCAACCACAUUGACAACCUCCCGACCACCCUGGGGGCUUUAAAGGAGCUGCAGGAGGUUGGGGUCUUCGACAACCUGCUGACCCUUAUCCCGAACAGCGUCGCAAAGCUCCCCAAGCUGAAGAAGCUCAACGCCAAGAGGAACCCCUUUCCUGGACCCACCGAAGAGGAAAUCUUUAUUGAUAACAUCAAGCGCCUGGAGACGCUCUACUUGGUAGAAGAGAAGGACCUUUGCCCCCCGUGCCUGAGGAAAUGCCAGGAUGAGAGGGACAAGCUCAACAAGCUGAAGAACACGGUGCCCGCCCCCCUCAGAAAGCCCAAUUUCUCAAGCCUCAUGACCCCCAACUCCCUGGCAAAGGAGAAUCAAGCCGAGUGGAGGUGAAGAGGCCGCCAGGCCCAUCCCCACCCGAGCCACUCAGCGCAGGGCAGAGGUGGGCGGCCCGACAGAGCGACUGUGCGUCCCUUCCUGAGGAACGAUCCCAACCAAUAAAACAGCCCUGGGUCACAUGGGACUUCUA